CUCUGCUUUUUUCUUCCUCUCAAUUCUCCAUCAGCACCACCACUGCCACCUGCAAAAUCUCCUUAACCACAUUUCCAUUACUAUACACUUAACUGCAACUACAGCUUUUUAGCUGGUCCCUGGAUUUUUAGAGGCUGAAUAUAUAUAUAGCUAAAUUUUGUAACUGACUUUGCACACAUGGGCAACGCCGACUACGUUUAUCCGUCCUCUAACGUAGAGCGUGCUCACCGAGUGGCGAUUCCUCCGUCGCAGCCUUUUGUUAAGUCGCUGAAAUAUAAUCUGAAAGAGACUUUCUUUCCUGAUGAUCCACUUAGGCAGUUCAAGAACCAGACUCCUUCUCGUAAAUUCUUAUUAGGCCUCCAGCAUUUUUUGCCAAUUCUUGAAUGGGCUCCUCGUUACACCUUCGAGUUCUUGAGAGCUGAUAUUAUUGCUGGGAUCACUAUUGCUAGUCUUGCUAUCCCUCAGGGAAUAAGUUACGCCAAGCUAGCCAACUUGCCACCAAUUCUUGGCCUCUAUUCAAGUUUUGUUCCACCACUGGUUUAUGCAAUGAUGGGAAGUUCAAGAGAUUUGGCGGUAGGGACAGUGGCUGUUGCAUCUCUCCUAACAGCUUCCAUGUUAGGAAAUGAGGUUAACGCUAAUGAGAACCCCAAGCUUUAUCUUCACCUAGCCUUCACAGCAACAUUCUUCGCUGGAGUUUUCCAAGCGUCUCUGGGCUUGUUAAGAUUAGGAUUUAUCGUGGACUUUCUGUCACAUGCAACGAUAGUAGGUUUUAUGGCAGGAGCAGCAACAGUAGUUUGCCUGCAACAGCUAAAAGGGAUAUUGGGGCUCGAUCACUUCACCCAUGCCACUGAUCUCGUCUCAGUCAUGCGUUCUGUUUUCACUCAAACGCAUCAGUGGAGAUGGGAAAGUGCGGUUCUUGGGUGUUGCUUUCUGUUCUUUCUCCUCAUCGCCAGAUACUUAAGCAAGAGACGACCAAAGUUCUUCUGGAUAUCAGCAAUGGGACCUUUGACAUCAGUGGUUUUGGGAAGCCUUCUUGUUUAUCUCACCCAUGCUGAGAGACAUGGAGUUCAAGUGAUUGGGCACUUGAAGAAAGGAUUAAAUCCACCGUCUUUCGGUGAUCUGGUUUUUGUGUCUCCUCAUCUAACGACAGCUAUCAAAACAGGAAUCAUCACAGGCGUCAUAGCUCUAGCUGAAGGAAUAGCAGUGGGAAGAAGUUUUGCCAUGUUUAAGAAUUACCAUAUAGAUGGUAACAAAGAGAUGAUUGCUAUUGGGACAAUGAACAUUGUAGGCUCUUGCACUUCUUGCCACCUAACAACAGGGCCAUUUUCUCGAUCGGCAGUGAACUUCAAUGCUGGGUGCAAGACAGCAGUAUCAAACAUAGUUAUGGCAUUGACUGUGAUGGUGACACUGUUGUUCCUAACCCCUUUGUUCCAUUACACUCCACUAGUGGUGCUCUCCUCUAUUAUCAUCUCUGCCAUGCUCGGCCUCAUCGACUAUGAAGCAGCAAUCCAUCUAUGGAACGUUGACAAGUUCGACUUCAUUGUGUGCAUUAGCGCCUAUGUGGGUGUGGUUUUUGGCAGUGUAGAGAUGGGAUUGGUCAUAGCGGUAGCAAUUUCUUUGCUAAGGGUGCUUCUGUUUGUUGCAAGACCAAGAACUUUUAUUCUUGGGAACAUUCCGAAUUCGAUAGUCUACAGAAAUGUUGAGCAAUACCCAAAUGCAAGUACUGUUCCUGGAGUUCUCAUUCUUGAAAUUGAAGCUCCCAUUUACUUUGCCAAUUCAAGCUACCUAAGAGAGAGGAUCUCAAGGUGGAUUGAUGAAGAGGAAGACAAGUUAAAAUCUUCACUAGAAACCAGUCUGCAGUAUGUAAUACUAGACAUGGGAGCUGUUGGUAACAUCGACACAAGUGGAAUCGGUAUGUUUGAGGAAGUUAAGAAAAUUACUGACAGAAGAGGACUCAAGCUUGUAUUAGCCAACCCUGGAUCCGAGGUGAUAAAGAAGCUGAACAAGUCCAAGUUUAUCGAGAAAAUAGGCCAUGAAUGGAUCUUUUUGACAGUAGGAGAAGCGGUGACAGCAUGCAACUUCAUGCUUCACACAUGCAAGCCAAACUCUAUGAAACACGAUCAAUCUGAUGCAUAUAACAAUGUCUAAGCUACAGCUUCAAUCAUUUGAUAGGCAGAAGCAAGAGUUUUUCUUCACAUAUACAUAUAGGAAGUAUGCAGAAUCAAUUAGGAAUUAGUAAAUGCAUCAUCAAAUCAACAGAAAAUUAAUGAAGCACAAGUCGAACUGAUGGAUACUUGUUAGAUGAAAUUGGUAUAUUUUUUCCCAACUAUGCAUAAGCUGUAAAAUGUACUUCUUUAUACAUGAAAUUUCAAAUGCAGAGCUUUUGGGGCUCUAAAGAGAAAAUCCCAGCGGAUUCUACUAGUAUUUACUUAA